AUGGGAAACAAAGUCUCCGCAAUCCACGGCGUCAAAUCAGAUCACUACUUUGAAAAAGGGAACGCGAUCAAUGAGAUCUGGGUUGGCAAUGUAGAACUCAUCUCCCGUCUACCAUUCGGAGACUCCGACCUGGCACAGGCUGCAUGGCCGAUUGGAGGUUGGCCCAAAAUUCCAUGGCAUAACUUCAUAAUUCCUCUGAAAAGAAGAGCCUUAUCAACCAUCGAGUCAUUGACGUUAGACGACAAUGAGCAUCACCAAAUGUCGAAGAGAGCAGCACCAGACAGCGGCCCGCCUUUGCAUCUUUCUCGGGUCAAUCUGCUUGUGGCUGUGACUGUUCUCUCGUUCCUCUUCAUAGUGGCCAUAUAUCUGCCAAUCUUCAUUCGAAGGCAUACAGCAUUCUACAGUUGGCAAAUAGACAUCGAAAGACGCAAGGAGCAAAAGAGACGAUUCGCCACACGAGCUGGCAUUGCAACAAUGGCGCUCGCAAUUUCUUUGGUGAUCGCCAGCCUGCAAUUCCACGUUUGGACGAUCAUUCGUUAUGUCUUCGCACCUAAGAGCGCCAAGUUUCAGAUAUUGGAGAUACUCUGGAUAGCUGUCGGUUGUGUCGGCCUUUUCUAUUCGGUCAAGGCAGUGACCCUGCUCUGGCUUGACUUGCGGGAUGCCCGUCGUGCAACGGUGGAAGGAUGCCAGAACGUUUCGAACAAGGUCAUUGAGAAACAGCUUCCUGGAAUUCUGGUGUCGUGGCUUGGAAGACAGCGGCGACCUUGA